AAAAUUGGUACAAAAGCGUCCAUCCACCAAAUAUAGCGCGACAGUUCCACCGCCGGCAACCACCGGCUACCGUCGUACUUCCAGGCUCCUGAAGAAACCGUCCUUUUCGCUGAAAGGUCGGAAUCUGUUUGUUGUUAAUUCUUUCAAGUUGCAUUCAAAAUCACUUGCGCAGAUCCACGUACUACAAACAUGGGAAAACAUGAUCCUUCACAAAAAGAAAAGAUAGCAGAUGACCUUCCAAGUGUCUUGCUUCUCAGGCAGCCUUUUGUUUUCAAAGUCUACGAGAGACAAUUUUCGGAGAAAUUCCGUUUUCUCAAACCAUGGGAAUCCUCUCUUCCUCUCCACCAAUUCCUUUCUACCCAUGCAGCUUCUGUACAAGCUGCCUUCUUUUCUGCUGGACGCCCCAUUACUACUGACAUAUUGCAGAACCUGCCUGAGCUUCGUUUUAUCAUGACCAGCAGUGCUGGUCUCGACCAUAUUGACCUCAAUGAGUGCAAACGGCGUGGAAUCAAAGUUGCUAAUGCUGGCUCAAUUUUCUCGGAGGAUGUUGCUGAUACAGCUGUGGGUUUGUUGAUUGAUGUGCUAAGAAGAGUUAGUGCCGCUAAUUGGUUUGUUAAGGCUGGGCUGUGGCAGCAGAAAGGAGAUUAUCCUCUCGGCCACAAGUUGGGUGGCAAGCGAGUUGGGGUUGUAGGAAUGGGAAGCAUUGGCCUUAAUGUUGCAAAGAAGCUUAAUACCUUUGGUUGCAUUAUCUCAUACAACUCCAGAAAGAAAAAACCGCACGUUACAUUCCCAUUCUAUCCCAAUAUUCAAGAACUCGCAGCAAACUGUGAGAUCAUCAUCAUCUGCUGUGCAUUAAUGGACCAAACCCGUCACAUGAUUGACAAAAAUGUCAUGAUGGCUUUAGGAAAGGAAGGAAUUAUUGUGAACGUGGCCCGAGGAGCAAUCAUCAAUGAGAAAGAAUUGGUGCAGUGCUUACUAAAAGGGGAGAUUGCUGGUGCUGGUUUGGAUGUUUUUGAAAACGAGCCCAAUGUCCCUGAAGAACUUUUUCAUUUAGAUAAUGUUGUUAUGACCCCUCAUAACGCAGUGAUGACAGAAGAAUCUAUGAACAAUCUUUAUGAAAUUGUGAUCGGGAAUUUGGAAGCUUUCUUCUCAAACAAACCUUUAAUAUUCGAGGUCGUGCAGGUGUGAAUGAGUCAACUCAUCAAAGCUUUUUGAUAUGGAUUCAGGACUCAGGAGAACACUUUGGCAGCAAAUUUCUGGAAAUCGAGUCGUGGUUUCAGAGAUGCAGCUCAGCCUUCAGGUACCGUGAUCUUGUAUAUGACAAAAAGCAAUAAUUAUUCACACAUAGGUUAUGAUAGAGAAGUACAAGUUUUUAGGAAACAACUUUUAUGUGGAGAAUGCUAGGAUACUCAUACACAAAAACAUCAGUUAUGGGUCUUUUAUGGUCAUUUGAGAUUUUUCAAACUGCAAACAUUGGGUUGGGUUGUUCAAAUGGCUUCAGCCCGAUCAACCCCAACCCAUGAACACCCCUACCGACAAAGUUAAGGUAUUUGUGGGUUUUAUUUAUAUGGUUUGGAAAAACUAAAGAUGCUAUUAUGGUUUCA